GUUGCUAUGGUUUCGGGCAGGCGGCAGUGGACCUCCACAUGGCAGUGGAAGCAGUCAGUUUCAGUCACGUUUUAAUACAAACAGAUUAAAACACUGUAACCCGCAGCGCGAUGGGAAAAACCAAGAACACCCGCUACAAACGGCCGCAGUUCAGCGCGGACGGGCUCUCCGUGUCCGCUGUUAAGGACGUGCUGGAGGAAGAGGAGCAGCAGGAGGAGGCUGAAGAGUCUCCGGCGGUGGAGUUGCUGGAGAAGCUGCAGAGUCCCUGUGCAGAUGUGCGCGAGUAUGCGUCUGCGAGUAUCUCACGUGUUGUCCAGCAGAGCCAGACCAUCCCCAGCUUUCUGCAGAGAGAUGCAGUGAGGAGACUUGGACCACUACUACUGGACAGCAGCCUAGCGGUUCGAGAGACUGCUACAGGAGCACUCAGAAACCUAAGUGCCUGUGGAGGCCCGGAUGUGUGUGAGGAUAUGGUGCGACAGGAUGUGCUCACUCCCCUGACUGCCCUUCUGAAAGAGUGCUGUGGAGGAUUUCAGCCAAGUUCCAGCCCAGUGAAAAAGGAACAGAAGUACACAGUGGAGGGUGUAGCAAAUGAAGCUGUGAACUUACUCUGGAACCUCUGUGAGAGCAGCAGUACAGCAGUAUCUGUGUUUAAUAGAACUGGGCUUACGGAUGCUCUGUUGCUUUGCCUGGAGAGACAUCCACAGAACAUCCAACUCGCUGUAUCAGCAGCCCACUGUCUACACACAGUGACUGAGGAUAACUCAGAGCUGACAGGAAGUGUGAGCGGGGCAGUUCUGGCUGCUCUGGAAAAUGUACUGCUCUCCACACAGUCCAGCAUGGAGCACGUUCUGCUGCGCACACUGGCUGCAGGAUCAGUAUGGAACCUAAAGGCCUGCUUCUCCUCCCAGUGUCAGGCAGAAGCUCUGACCGCGGUGGUGGCCACUCUUGCCCACUGCCUCAGUCUGGACACUGGGUCACUGAUCCCUGAUCUGUGGCAGGCCCAGGAGAGCCGACUAGCCAGCAAAAGCACAGCUGAGCCAGUCUCAGCUUCAGCGCAUUCAGAGGAGCAGCCUGCAACAGGAAAUGGAGCUUCUGUGGAAGAGGAGGAGGAGAUGGAGGAGGGAGAUGGGGAGGUGAAGAAGAACGGUAGGAAGAAGAAUGGGAAACAUGCAAAGAUUGAUAAAGACAUCUCUGAUUUUCUACCUAGGGACAGGCUGGAGUUGAGGGAGGCCAUAGCCCUGCUGACAGCGCAGCAAACAUCACUAGAGAUCAUUGUCAACAUGUGCUGUUCAGAUGAGCCCUCUGAUGAUGAAUGGGAGGAGAUGUCGAGCAGUGAUGAGAGCGAGAUGUGUCUUGACGGCACUGACGGAAACACCAGCCUUCUCUCACCUCUCUGCCUUUCUGCUGAGCUACACACGACACUGCUCAACCACAGCGUACCCCAGCAGGUUCUGAAAAAAGCAGAGUUUCCCAGUGUUUCUGCUCUUGACAUCUGCCGCAAAGAUUCAUCAUGGAGAUGCCUCAUUAAAAAAAUGCAGCGGGUGCAGUGCCGGGCCUUAACGUGUCUUAAUAACAUUCUGUCUGCGAUGGAUGCGGAGUGUCUGGGUGGUGCUGCAGGGCUGCAGGCAGUCGCUCAGCAUCUCUCCUCUCUGGUCUUCAGCUCAGAAGAGGUCCUGAAGGAGGAGGAGUUUUUGGAGGCAGUGACGAGUGCCAUGCGCUCUCUCCUUCAGAUCAUGGCUUCCAAAAAAAUCCCUCAGUGUAUGAGCCCCCAGCAGCUGAUGAGUGUGUGUGAGGCAGCGACGAGGUGUGAGCUGGUCAGUGUGAGAGUGAACGCUCUGGCCAUUAUGGGCAUUACAGGAAGCACACUGGCUAAAGAGAACGGCUCUGCUGAAACACUGCAGCUGAUAGGGAAUGCGUUACUGAAUGUAGCAACAAAGGACGCUGACCUGGUGGUGUGUGGAGAGGCUCUGGACGCUCUGUUCGAUGUGUUUGCUGAUGGAGAUGAAGCAGAGAGUGCAGCACGGAGCAUCAAUCUGCUCUCAGCUCUCAAAGCCUUGCAGCCCAUCUUCAAAGCUAAGAUCCGGAAGGAAGGACGAGGUGGGAAGUACAGCCCAGAUCAGCUCUGCAUUCUGGACAACAUCAGAAUUAACCUGCGGAGGUUCAUCGGCUACCUGGAGACACUGAAGAAGAAAUGAGAGUCUGACUGACAUCCUUCCUCUGGAUCCUGCAGCCUUUUUCACCAGCUUUUAGGACUCUGUCUAGAGCUGAAGAACCAGGUUACCAUUGAUGGGGACUACAGUUUUAAUUUAAAUGUUAAUAAUUUAAGCACCAAUCAGGAAUCACGGAAACUGGCAGGCCGGUUUUUGUGAAUGCGUCGUAAGAGGCCUUCAGUCAGCACCACUACAUGCCUCUGCAGCUCUCAUGUCUAAAACACCUACAUGGUAAUGUGUCAGUUCAUAUUGGAAACACGUAAAAUGCUUGCAAGUGUUGGCUGUGGUUAUUAUUCUUUAAUAGUUAAAAAAUAUAUAUAUUCAUACAGGUGCAAUAUUAUUAUCUGUGGGUAUUAAAUACAUAAUACUAUUGCAUAAUCAAUAUUUCAUUUUUAUUGUAGACACAAUGCUCCUUUAAAAGGGGGAUUUUGCAUAUAUAUCUAUGCAUUUAUGUUUAUGAAGAAGUUGAAAAAAUACAUUUGGAGUGGAUCAAUAUGUUAAUAUUGAAAAGUAAAUUGUUCUGAUUUCUUCACAGUUAUGGUUAUAGGAACAAUGGUUUAACAAUAAUCGUUCAAAAUAAAAUCGUUAUUUGUACUACUUUAUUAUUUUAAAGUACACUUCUUUGUUUAACCAAAAACUGUGAACAUUUUAUUCUUUUUUUUUUUUUUUUUUUGUUUGAACAUUUUAUUCUUAAUUAUAUUAUAAUUAUACUAUGUUUAGUUUUGAUCAUUGCAAAAUAAUGGUAAAUGAAAAUGUAUGUUUUUAUUUUGAAAUCUGCCGCCUAGUUCCCAUCACCACUACUGUGAAAAAGUCUGAAAAAAAAUUGCCACAUUAUAACAGUCUACUCUGCAUCACUUUAUUCACAUAUUAGCAGUUGAGUUCUGUAGAUUUUUUUUUCUUUUAAGGUGGAAUUCUCCUUCAUAAUCUGACCUGACUGACCACCACUAGAGUGCAGUAUGGAGGUAGAUAAAGGAUCAAUUAGAGGACAAACAUGGAAAAACAAAUUGCUUUAAACUGUCAGGUGCUAAAACAAAAAAAAAAGCUAUGUUAAAAAAUAGUAGCAGCAGAUCACUGUGAAAUUACAACUUUUUUUUCGAAUAUAUAGAAGUAUAAAUAUGAUCAUUCUGGAUCUAUACAGCUCUGCAAAAAAUGAGACCACUCCAGUUUCUGAAUCAGUUUUUUCUGAUUUUGCUAUUUAUAGGUUUAUGUUUGAGUAAAAUUAACAUUGUUGUUUUAUUCUAUAAACUACACAGAACACUUCUCCCAAAUUCCAAAUAAAUAUACUGUAAUUUAGAGCAUUUAUUUGCAGAAAAUGAGAAAUGGCUGAAAUAAUAAAAAAGAUGCAGAGCUUUCAGACCUCAAAUAAUGCAAAGAAAACAAGUUCAUAUUCAUAAAGUUUUAAGAGUUCAGAAAUCAAUAUUUGAUGGAAUAACCCUGAUUUUUUUUUCAUGCAUAUUGGCAUGUUCUCCUCCACCAGUCUUGCAAACUGCUUUUGCUAGUGCAAAAAAUUCAGGCAGUUUAGCUUGGUUUGAUGGUUUUCAAAUUGGUAAAAUCAAAAACACAUAAUUUUAAGUGGUCUCUUAUUUUUUCCCCCAGAGCUGUAUAUGUGAGUCCUUUCUUACUGUUAUAUCAAACCAUAAUAUAAAUCUGGUGUUUUCUUGCUGGACUAUAUUAUGAAUGUGUAAGGAGGUGGUUAGGAUGUUGUCAUAAUAGUAAUAAUUCAAAAUUGCUGAAUAGUAAUGCUAGCGCUGGUACAAAGUGGCUUGCAGUUAAAUGCCAUUAUGUUACAUUACAUUACAAAUUUAAGCCAAUCAUGAAUGGUACGACUUAUUGUAUACAUGCCCAAUAUUAUUAAAAUAUCAAAUUUAAACUAAACUGACAUGCUUUAUUUAUUAGAAAACCCAACUGACUAAUUGUAAAAAACAUCAGCUAGGUAAAAUAUCAUAAAUUCUUGGAUUAUGUUAUGUCACAUAUGUCACAGGCUGAUGUAUUUUCAGUGAAAUUUGAGACUUGCAUCCUGUUCACACCUGGUCACUUAAUGCAGAUAGAAUCUGAAUUGUAUCAAUGUUAAGGUUUAUAUGCGUUUACACUCGAGAGUCAGACUGAAAUUGGAUUGCAGUGUGGAACAGAAUUUGGAAAUUUUGCUCAUUUUGUGACUAUUAUUAUUAUUGGUGUUUUUGGUGUCAGAUGGUUCUUGUCAAGAUGGCAUCAUUUACACUGCUAACAUAGUAGUUUGAUUUUGCUCAGACUACCUCCUGAAGUGGUUUGAGUAAUCGGAUAUGUAUAUGUUUUAAAUGCAUAUUGGACGUGUUUGUUUUUGUACACUUGUGUUUUUGUGUGGCUUGGCCUUCAAAUACAAUCAUCAUACUCAAGAUACUUAAGUUGUUUUAAUAAGAAUAAAAAGUACUUUGCUAGUUCUAUUCAACAUAUUAAAACAAUAUUGGACACCCAUUAAGGCCUGACCUGCAGCUGUUUCCUUUAAAAUUAGUUUUCUUUCUUACGUUUAGAGAUACAGGGUUUUGUUAGGACAGCAGUAAUUUUGUUGAUUAUGGGCAAAAAGAGAUUUGUUAUUGCCACUUCCAUGUUUUAGUGCCAGAUGUUCCAGCAAUCAGAUUUGUAUAUGUAUUAAAUGCAUGGGUGUGUUUACACUUAUCAAGAUAUAAUCCUGAUACUCAAUGAGCAUUAAGUGACUAGGUGUAAAUGGGCACAUUUCACAGUUUGCAGUUCUUCACUCCGUGGACAAGAAAAAGAACAUUGUCAUUUUAUUGUAAUAAUUUUUUUUUUCCUUUCCAUGUUCUCUGCAACGUAUUAAAACACAAUUGGACACAUAUUGAGUCUUAUAUCAUGGUUCCCAUUAAGAAUAGGGUUCUUUCCUAUAAAGAUUUGGAGAGACAGGGUUUUGAUAAAGCAGGGAGAGUUUGUUAAUCACAGUCAAAAAUGAUUGGUAUUUUGUGCCAAAUGUAAAACACUUUCAGUUCUGUUAAUACAGUUAGUAAUUUCAUUGCCAGCUUUAGUUUAAAUGCAACACAGUUUCUCUAAUUCCUGAUUGGAGCUUGAAGGACGUUAUUAACUUCAUUAUUGGUGUGAAAAAGUGAAUUUUACACCCCGCUGCUGGUGAAUUUCUCCUGGAUGAGGUUUGUCUCAGACAGACAUGUCCGUGCAGUCCAAGGUCGGUCAGAAUGCUGCUGUGGGCCUUAAGUGACUUAAGUGUUUAGCUACGAAAUGCCCGAUAGGAAUGUCUGAGGCUGAGGAUCUUCAUAUUUAAGACGUGACUUAAAAAGAAAACUGAGCCUCUCCUACUUUCCGCUCAGCCGGUCUGUUUGUUAGUGUUAUUUAGAUCACGUAGAAUAAUUAAAAAAAAAAAAAAACAGCCUUAAAUGCCAAAGUUUGUGGUCUAAACUUUUUUUUGUUUUUUUGUGUGCUACUUGUGAUCCAUUGUGGCACUACCUAUUAAUUAAAAAAGGAAAUAAUAAAAAAAAAUGUUCAGAGUUGUUAAAAGAAAAGGCAUUUAUUUAAAAGAUUUCUUUUUCUGAUUUGUGUUAUUUUAUUAAUUACACAAUUUUAUUGUUUUAACUCAAAACCUCUGUAUUUACUGUACCUUUACCUAUUCAAGCAGUUGUUUCUAUUUGUUUUUCUUAUAACUUCUCUUUCAUAUCUGAAAGUGUUUUAUUUUGAGUGUGUGUGUGAAAAAAAAAAUUGGAGUGAAGUUUUUAUGUUUGCAGAUUCUGGUGCUUUAAAUGAUUAAAGCUGAGGUUUUUGGUUAUGA